AUGCUGGGAGGGGCCUGCAGGGCCACUCGGGGAAAGCCACAGGCGACCUCGACUUCAGGACCCAGGAGCCUGAGGCCCGAGGGGCACGAGACAGCCGGCCAGCCACGAGUGGCCAUGCUGCCCACACCCAAUGGCAGUGGGCCGAGCCCGGAGCUUGAAGGCCAUUGGCCAAAGACCCAGGAGAGGUCCCCGUGUGUGGCUGGUGUCAUCCCUGUGAUCUACUACAGCGUCCUGCUGAGCCUGGGGCUGCCUGUCAACCUCCUGACCACAGUGGCCCUGGCCCGCCUCGCCGCCAGGACCAGGAAGCCGGCUUACUACUACCUGCUGGCGCUCACGGCCUCGGACAUCGUCACCCAGGUGGUCAUCGUGUUCGGGGGCUUCCUCCUGCAGGGCGCCGUGCUGGCCCGGGAGGUGCCCCGGGCGGUGGAGCGCACCGUGAACAUCCUGGAGUUUGCCGCCAUCCACGCCUCGGUCUGGAUCGCUGUCCUGCUCACGUUCGACCGGUACAGCGCCCUGUGCCACCCCCUGCACCACCGUGCGGCCUCCUCCCCGGGCCGGGCCCGCCGGGACAUCUCCGUCGUCCUGGGCGCCGCCCUGCUGACGGGCAUCCCCUUCUACUGGUGGCUGGAUGUGUGGAGGGACCCGGGCCCCCCCAGCACGCUGGACGAGGCCCUCAAGUGGGCUCACUGCCUCACCGUCUACUUCAUCCCCGGCGGCAUCUUCCUGGUCACCAACUCGGCCAUCAUCUGGCGGCUGCGGCGGCGGGGCGGGAGCGGGCGGCGGCCCCGCGUGGGCAAGAGCACGGCCAUCCUGCUGGGCCUCACCGCGCUCUUCACCUGCCUCUGGGCGCCCCGCAUCUUCGUCAUGCUCUACCACCUGUACGUGGCCCCCGUGCACCGGGACUGGCGGGUCCACCUGGCCUUGGACGUGGCCAACAUGGUCGCCAUGCUCCACACGGUGGUCAACUUUGGCCUCUACUGCUUUGUCAGCAAGACCUUCCGGGCCACCAUCCGAGAGGUCAUUCACGAUGCCCACCUGCCCUGCAUCCUGGGGCCACAGCCCGAGGGCACGGUGGCGGAGCCUGUGCUGAAGCCGCCGGGACUCCCCGAAGGGGCAGGAUUGUAG